GACCUCAAACAUCAUUAAAGCUUACAAUACUAGCAUCAUAGAUAGUAGAUAACAAUACACCGUUUGUUAGCUCAUCUAAAUUAGAAAAAUAUUACUCAUAAUUUUUUUUGACAGUAUAGGAAAAUAUGGAUAAGAUAAGAGAGUUGGCAUCAAAGAGGGCAGCAGUAAUAUUCACCAAGAGUUCAUGUUGCAUGUGUCACAGUAUCAAAGCACUAUUUUAUGAACUAGGAGCAAACCCAGCAAUUCAUGAACUAGACCAAGAUUCAAGAGGCAAUGAAAUGGCAGUGGCAUUGAGAAGCCUAGGUUGUAAUCCAUGUGUUCCUGCUAUUUUCAUUGGUGGACAGUUUGUUGGCUCAACUAAGGAUGUCAUUUCCCUUCAUGUUGAUGGCUCUCUUAAGCAAAUGCUCAUCAAUGCCAAAGCUAUAUGGUUCUAAUACUAAUUUCCUUUUCUUGUAUUGCUUCCUUUAAAGGGGGUGGGGGUUGUAAAGAAAGUCAUAUUUUUAUGAAAAUAGCUGAUAAUGGAAACUCUAGUUUUAUCUC